AUGCUUGAUGGGUCAAGCCCCCAGGCUGGCAAAAUCUGGAAGAAGGCAAUCCUAACCUUCUCCCUUGAUGGCAAACAAAUGACUGAGACUUUCCUUAUAUGCAGUACAGGGUCUCAUGCUGCUAUCUUGGGAUUGAAAUGGUUGGAUGCUCAUAACCCAGAGAUUGAUUGGAACCAACGUACCCUUACCUUCCCCCAUACACCACCAGAGCAUGUGGUCAUUGCCAAGGAAGAGGAAGCUGACAAGAACCCCCUCAAAGGAGUCCCCUCCAAAUAUCAUCAAUAUGCAAAAGUGUUUGGGGAGGAGGAAUUCAACAAACUUCCCCCUCAUUGGCAUUAUGAUAUUGGAAUUGAACUUACAGAAGAAGGCCCACUCAACUUGCCCCUAUACAGCAUGACUGAUGCAGAAUCCGUCACACUUAAGGAUUGGCUCAGGGACAAACUCAAGGCAGGAAAAAUACGCCCUAGCAAAUCUUCUAUCAGCUCCCCUGUAAUGUUUGUACCAAAAAAGGAUGGCUCCUGCCAAUUGGUUGUUGACUACCGUUGCCUCAACAACCAGACAAAAAAGAAUGUUUACCUGCUGCCCCAUCCAGAUGACCUUAUGGCCCAGCUCUGUGGCGCCAAGGUCUUUACUAAGUUAGAUCUACAAUGGGGUUACAACAAUGUCCAAGUUAAGGAAGGUGACAAAUGGAAAACUGCUUUUCAAACCAAAUAUGGGCUGUACAAGUCCCUGGUCAUGACCUUUGGCCUUACCAACGCUCCUGCCGCCUUCCAGCACUUCAUGAACAAGCUGUUCAAGGACUUACUAGAUGUAUGCAUCAUCAUUUAUCUAGAUGACAUCCUGAUCUAUUCCAAGAAUAACACCUCCCAUGCCAAGUACGUUCACAAGGUACUCCGUUGCCUAAUGGAAAACCAAUUGUUCUGCAAGGCAUCAAAAUGCACUUUCCAUGUUACUUCAGUAGAAUACCUGGGAAUCAUUGUGUUGGAUGAAGGGUUUAGCCUGGAUAAGCUCAAGGUUCAGGCAGUCCAGGAGUGGCCAACGCCCACCAAGGUUAAAGAAGUCCAGUCCUUCCUUGGAUUUGCAAAUUUCCUUUGUUGCUUUGUUGCCAAUUUCAGCCACAUUGCUAGGCUGCUACAUAACCUAGUCAAGAAGGAUACACCAUGGAAAUGGGAAACCAAAGAACAAGAAGCAUUCCAAGGCCUCAAGGAUGCAAUCACCAACACCCCUGUACUCUGCCAUGCCAACCCCACCAAGCCAUACUUCCUGGAGACAGAUGCGUCCAGCACUGCCAUGGGUUCUAUACUAAGCCAACGCCAAGAGGACAGAUGCCUACACCCCUUAGGACUUUUGUCAGAAUUGUUCAAAGGUGCCAAGCAGAAUUACAACACUCAUGACAAAGAGCUCCUAGCUAUUAUCAGGUCCUUUGAGUAUUGGUGCAUUUUCCUGGAAGGAACAGCACACCCCAUCACAGUGUUCACAGACCACUGGAACCUUGAGUAUUGGAAAGAAUCCCAGACAUUUAACCGCUGUCACGCGCGCUGGCACCUCCUUCUAGCUGGAUACAACUUCCAAAUUGUGUACAGACCCAGGAAACAGUCAGGAAAACCAGACACUCUCUCACGCUGUUCAGAUCACGCCAACAUUCCACCAGCUGACCAAACCAUGCUCCCUGAACCUGUCUUUGCUAAUGUUGCCUUAGUACUUCCUGAAAAGGAACUACAACGCCAGAUCAAAUCAUCCUUAGACCAGGACAAAUCUCUGGAAGAAAUCCUUCAGUUUCUACAGAACAAGUCUAAGGCCCCACCAUUGAUUAAACAUGCAUUCAAAGACUACAAAAUGGAAGCAGGCCUGCUCUUCUACCAAGGACGCAUUGUAGUUCCUGAUGUUGGUACACUGAGGAUGGACAUCCUCUGGAUCUUCCACGCUAGCCCCCUGGCUGGACACCCUGGCAGACAAAGGACCCUUGAACUGGUCACACAUAACUACUACUGGCCUGGUAUCCAUGCUGACACCUACUGGCACGUUGACUCUUGCAAAACCUGCCAGCACAUCCAGAAACCCAAGUAUGCCUCUGUUCCCCCACAGCCACUUGAACUCCCUACCAGACCCUGGCAACAUGUGUCAUACAACAUGAUAGUAGAUCUCCCCAAGGAUGGGGACCACAACUCCAUCCUAGUCAUUAUUGACAGCUUUACUAAGUACAGCAUCUUUGUCAAAUGUUCAAAGAAGUUAAAAGCCCCCAAGCUAGCGGAACUGUUCCUGGAACACAUAUGGAAAUGCCACGGUAUGCCAAAGAAGACUGGAUCUGAUAGAGGAAGGGUCUUCAAUAAUAAAUUCCUGCAGGCCCUGUACAAACAAUUGGGUAUUGAUCUGCACUUCUCCUUGGCAUACCACCCACAGAGCAACGGACAAAUGGAACAGGUCAACUCCUCUAUUGAACACUUUCUAAGGGCCUACUCAGGGGUUAACCAGCGGGACUGGACAAAUAGCACAGGGAAGACACUGUUCAAAGCCCUAUACGGUUGGGAGCCUACCCUAACACCAUCCAAUGUACCCAUGGAUGUACCAGAAGCCAACAACCUUGCCCAGACAAUGGAGACACAGUGGAAGGAAGUGGAAUUGGCUCUUUGGCAAUCUAAAUCACAAAUGACUGCUGGAGAAGAAGGGAGCCCAUUGGAAUUCCAGAUUGGAGAAGAAGUUUGGCUCAAUGCCAAAAAUGUCAAUCUCAAAACAUUGAGCCCCAAGCUGACAGAACAACGCCUGGGACCAUUCAAAGUUACCAAGAAGAUCUCUGACUGCGCCUACCAACUUGAGCUACCACCAACCAUGCGUAUCCACAACAUAUUCUACGUAGGGCUACUGUCAAAAGUCAAAAGGGAUGACAAAUGCACCUUUGAAAACCACCCCCCACCAGUCACUGUGGACAGGGAAAAGGAAUACAAGGUUGAAGGUAUAACAGAUAUGGAGGAAAGGAACAGCAAAUGGUUCUUUAGGGUCAAAUGGAAAGGAUACAGAAGCAAGGAAAACACAUGGGAAUCCUGGGAGAACCUCAAAAAUGCAGGAGAAAUUUUGAAGAAAUACAAAGAAGAAAUGAGAAAGAAGGCCCUUGGCACUGCCAAGGCCCUUAGAGGGGGGGCAGUGUUGUAG